AUGAGUUCUGUUUGCAUUUCUAAUUGUUUGAACGAUGCUAAAGACCCCAAGAAACCUAUGAGAGCAACCUAUAUGAAUCUUUACAAGUGGCCAGGUUCAGAUGCUGAGUUUUUAAGAUCAAGGACCUCAUCAGUUCCUUCUUCAAUGGACUAUUGUCGACCAAGUGUUCGAGUUAUUGACAGUAUCUCUUGCAGGCAGAUGUAUUUGAGAAGCUAUAGAUUUUCCAAGAAAGAAACUGUGCCUGAAAAGACUAUGAAAUGCUUUGGGAAAGUUAAAGAGAAGAUGGGUCAUGGUGGGAGGAAGAAGAAGAAGAGUAGCCAUAGGAGAGUACGUGUUGUUAUUAAAAGGAAGUGUUUGGUUUGGAGGAAAGUCAAGGUUGUUUUGUUUAGGGUUUUUAAUAGGUUGCUUUCUUGCUAUGCUAGUGUUGAUGUUUUAGAUCAAAGGAAUGUUUAG